UCAAAAAUUUGUAGUGCUGUUCAUUUAAAUGCACUGUGAUAAAUUAUUUUUGACAAGUGACGUUCUACAGUAUCCCACUCCCAGUUGAUAUCAAAAUGUGGUGGAUUUCUCAAACUAAAUAUAUAUUUUAAUUCAUUAAUGCAUUCUGUAUUAUUUUAUAAGUAUUUUUAAUAUCACUUUUUUACAUAAUGGUACACAUUAUCUGCACUGGAUGAAAUGAAAUAAUAUCAAUCGUCAUCAUCUUGAUGACAUUACAAGGGAGAUAAUCACUACCAUCAAGCAUGCCAGGAGACUCUGCUCCACUUGUUACUGGGGUUUCCCCGAAGGAGGGUCCCCCGGGAACUCGUAUAACCAUCAGGGGAGAGAACCUAGGAACUGAUCCUAAAGAUUUUAUUGCUCUGAGGAUAUGUGGGAUGGAUUGCAUUCUGUCUGCUGAGUGGAAGACCUCCAGCAAAAUCAUUGCUCGCACUGGUCCAGGGAAAGGCAAGGGGGAUGUCAUCGUCGUCACUCGCAGUGGAGGAAUCGGUAGCUGUACUGUGGGGUUUAGAGGAUAUUUCUUGCAGACAGGCCCUCUUCAAGAAUCCGCACUGUGGACUGAUGAAUCUCAAACAGUGCCCUCCAAUCUCCGUCAUGGUCGUGCAUCGUCUCCUCUCACAGAUCGGGAGGAAGAUGAUCCCCUUGGCAUCUCAGAUGAGGGGGAAAGGGGCAAGAUUUCUGAGGAAGACCUGUUGGAGAUGUUUCCUGAAGCAUCUGGGAAUAUUUCAUUGGAGAACUUUACACCGGAGUGGUACUUGCUGGAAAACCACCAAAAUGCAAGUUUUGAAGACCUGAAGGCAGGGCUAGCUCAUAUGCAGCGUAAAGCUAGCCAGAGAUCAGAGGGACCAAUCGCAAUUGUUCGAUCCAACCUGACUGCCAUCUUAGACUGCCUGGAAAGUUUGUCAUCCAUGUAUGAGAAAUUUUCGACAGAUGAUAUUCGUGGUGACUGUAUGAAUUCCUAUGCUGUGCUGCUGAUGCAGGCCAAGUCGUAUGCCGACGGGCUGUUCCAGGAGGUGUUGGGGAGGAAGGACAAGGCUGACUCGACCAGGAACGCCCUCAGUGUCCUGCAGAAGUUCAAAUUCCUCUUCUAUCUGCCACUCAACAUUGAGAGAAACAUUCAAAGGGGCGACUACAAUAUUGUGAUCAACGACUAUGAGAAGGCUAAAUCUCUGUUUGCAGACACUGAAGUUGGUGUGUUUAAGAAAGUGUACCAGCAGGUGGAGCAAAGGAUCAGUGAGUUCCGGGGCAUGCUGCACAACAAGCUGCUGGAACCCACCAUCAGCUUGGAGGAGCAGAAGAAGCUGAUCAGAUACCUGAUCAGCCUUGAGUAUAAUGGCGACCCAGCCUGGGAGUGUCUGGUGAAGCAGCAGAAGUGGCUGAUUGGGCUGCUGCAUGAGUGUAAGGAGGACCACCUGGAGGCAGACAAGGCUUCUGACUGGGACAUGGAUAUGUCGUCUGGCAGACUACGCGUUCCCCUUGGUACUUCCAACUUCAAGUCCAGUGUGUCCAGAGAGUCCAGCUUCACUUCCUCAUCCGAUCAACCAGGUGUCAAGUUCAGAACCCCCCAGAAGGUGUUGUACAUUGAGGACCUCACAGACAUCAUGAUGGACAACUUCCCCGACUUCUGGAAACUUGGACAGGCAUAUUUCACAGGAGAUUUUAUGCUGAAGCUGGAGAGUUCGGAGAAAGGGUUCAAGAUAGAUACAAGUAAACAUUCAAAAUUGAAGCAAAUGAUUGCAGAAAUUAUAGGGCUGUUUGCCAACCUCGUCCGAGCUGCAUUCCUACCUGGAUCCCUAGAGAGUUUUGGCAAGACAGAGCGGGAGACAUUUGGGGUGUGGUCUGUCACACCCCUCAACGUCCCAGGGGCGUGGCUGCCUCACAGUGUCAGGCAAAUCAGGUCUUGUGCAUCAUCUCUCUCCAACCUGGACACUCUUGGGAACUCAAUGAACUCACUACAAGAACUGGCCUUUGACCUCCGAACCAACUGCAUGUUCACCCUACUCAAACAGGCUAUAUCAGAUGUGAAGUUGCUGCACACGAAGGAAGUGUGGGCAGUGGACACUGACGAUGAGUACGGUGGCACAACCCAGUUGCCUGCCUUGUUUGAGAACAUCGUGAAUGAGGCAGUGCAACAUCUACAUGAGGUGGUCGUUCUCAACAAGCCGGGAGAGCCAGAGAUAUUCAGUCAGCGGCCAAUCCAGAAGGAAGCCACCUCCCUUUGUACUCAACUGCUGCAGGCCUUCUCCCAGUGUAUGGAGCAACUCGCCUUCAGUCCCCCACUGCACAAGAUGGAGACACACAGUAUGACAAAGAUGAAGAAUCCCACUGGCCUGGACUUGAUGCUGGAACAAUUUGAAGAUCCAAUCCCUUCACUAGACAAGCGUCUGGUGAUCAUGUUGAGUAACUGCAUCCACACAUGUGAGAGGGUCAUUCCUAGGAUCACAGAGAAUCUCAACAAACACGGCUAUGUGGAAAUGGAGAAGGCCUCGAAGGCUGCACAGGAGACGUAUCGUGACCUGGAUAGAAAGCUGUUUGAGGCAUACAUUGAGCAGAAGUCCGACCCUAUAGUGGGAGCUAUGGAACCAAACAUGUACCGUGGGGGCUUCGAAUGGAAGCACUGGAAAAGACCAACAAGUGUGAGGCAUUACCUGAAGGAAAUUCUAAUGAGUAUGAUUGAAGUACAUGCAGAGGUGUUCAGUAUAUCUCCGAUAUUCGUGUUGCGAGUGAUGACGAAGAUUGCCGAGUCUGUGUGUGAGGAGAUGUCCAGGCUCAUCCACUGUAGCCCAGGCUUCAACAACAACGGGGCUAUACAGGCAAGACUGGAGUUAUAUGCCCUUCAAGACACAGUGGCUGUAUACAAGAAUGAGAAGAUCAGCAACAGUUUCAAGGAAGCCCUUGCCUGUGUUCCCCAGCUGUCUGGACAAGAUAAGAAAUUCAUGGAAGAACUGCUGAACAAAUUCAAAUCGCACAUGAAGUUCCAUUUGAUGUGUUUUCAAAAUGAAAGUACAGUGGGGUCCUCAAUGAUCUACGAUUGAUACGAGCUGACAUACAAAACGUUCAUGAGAUGGAGAACAGUUUUAUGUGCCAUUCACUUGAUAGAACUAUGACAUACUGUUUGUAACAAAUAAGGAACAAAAUAGAACAGGAAGUCCUUGCUUUGUACACAUUGUGUAUGUAUCCUGAAUGUUAUUGUUCCAAUCUGGUGAGACAGUAAGUACAGUCCUUGUAUAAUUGCUUUACUGACAGCCUGGAAUCAAUUGCUUUGUUCCUUGUUAUGUUUCGUUCCAUGAGGCCAUACUGUUUCUUUUUUAUGGUUUGCAGAUUCUUGUAUUUUCAACACAAAAAGUGCCCUGUUUUAGUUCAGGCCCAAGUGCCAUUCUUCUAGGCCAGUCUCUGUAUAAUCUUCAUAGUGCCCCAACUUAGUCCAAACAUUUAGACGACAGUCCAUAAUUUCUUAAGAAUAUUGUGGAUGAUUUACAAAAACCAGCAGAUGACAAUUUUGGAAAAAAAAGAAACAUAUUGUUUUAUUCAAGCUUGUUCAUUAUUCCAUGAACUUUUGGAUCAUUUGGUAUUGUCAGAGAAAGAGAAAAUGCCUAUUUUCAUAAUAAAUACAAGGUCUUCAGUAGAGUAACAUUUAUAGGCGACUUAAAGGUUUUGUUCCCAUGUACAGUGCAUUUGAGCAAAUGCAGAUGGCAAAUAUAAAUAUAUCCUAAUUUUGUAGCUAUUGUAGGUUGAACAUGAAAAAAAAAGAUCUGUGAAAGUGUGGCCUCAUUAUAAUGUUAAUGUAUGUGCUACUUCAUCUGCUGCAUCAAAGGAAGCCAUGCUUUUGUCAGUGGUCUGCAAGUGUGUCAUUCACAUUCCGAUGUUACGUACACCGAUUCCCACCUGUUGUAAUGGUGGUCACAACUGACUUUCCUCGUCUCAUACUUCAGACUGACUUUGUUUGAAAGAAUUUGAUCAAAAAUGUAAAUAUACUGUGUCAGUGUGGACAUGUGCAAUAUCAACACUAUAAAUAAACAUUCAUAUAUUCAUUGCCA